CGUGGCGGCGCGGCGGAGCCCGGUUCCUUGCCCUGACGUUUGCGAAGAGAAAAUCCUCUCAGUGCACGUCCCGCUGGCCUUAGCACGGAGCGCGCAGCAGUGGCUGUGUGCGCCCAGGGGCGCAGGGGUGGGAUUGUGGCUGCUGGCGGGGCCAGGCCAGCGCACACGGCGGCUUCCCAAGCCUGCCCUUAGCCCUGCACACCCAUAGGUACACCGCGUUCUCCAUGUCUGCUUCUCAGCUCGCGUCCUUCCCCUCCUCUUCCACUCUCCCUCAGAAAUCAGGAGAAGAUCCCGAAAGUCUCUCGCCUCAGCCACUGCGUGUGCACGGAGGAUUCAGGGGGGCUGAGCAAACGCUUCCAGCGAGCCGAGGGCAGGGUGGCUGCGAGGUGCUGCCAGCCAGAGGCAGAACACGGGACCCAGAGGGGAAGUGGGGAAGGAAAGAAACACACUUACACCAAAAGAACGUGAGAGAGAGCAAGAAACCAGAUAAACGAUUUGCACUGAUGGAUUUGCAGCCCGGGGGAGUCAUACAGAACGGUACCGAGGAGCCCAGAUGAAACCAGAAGCGAUGUGACAGGAGGGGGAAGCAGGCACCGUCCGCAGCUGCACGAGCUGCCCUGGGAGCCCGAGGGUGGGAAGCCCCCGACCGUCCGCAGCCGAAGCGUAGGCGUGAGAAGGUGAGUGGCUGCACUCGCUGCCCCAAGGGACAUCCUGCAGCCAAGGAUCCUCUUUCUCACGGUAAAAGGCAUCGUACCUGGGAGCCCACAGUGCUGACGCACGCACGCAGUCUGGGGAGGCUCUGCCACCGAGGGUUUGUUGGGGAGAUUCCCGCUGAUACUCGGGAUGAACUGCAGUGCCAUGUGUAACACAGAGUGGGAAAAUGUUGUGUUUCGGAUGAAUGCUUUCUUAACAAGAACAAAAAAGAGCACCUGAAGUGCAGAAGGACGCUGAAACGCUCCCUGCAAGCUCCUGGCUCCAGUUCACUACUAUGGAUAUCUGUAAAACAUACGAAAAUGCCUCCAAAUGUAGUGCGAACAGCAAGCUCAUGGAGUGCUUCAUGGUCCUCAGCACCCAAGCACAGAAGAUAAGCAUUGCCACACUUUGUGGCCUCUUUGGGACGCUGUGCAUCUUUGAGAACUCUGUGGUGCUGUACCUGAUCUUCUCCUCCCCUGGGACCAGGAGGAAGCCUUCCUACAUCUUUAUCAGCAGCCUGGCCUUGGCUGACCUCCUGGCCAGCAUCAUCUUUGUCGGCAGUUUUGUUAACUUCCACGUCCUUAAUGAAACCGAUUCCUCUAAAGAAUUGUUCCUGCUGAAGCUGGGAGGGGUGAACACGUCCUUCACAGCCUCCCUGAGCAGCUUGCUGCUGACAGCCGUGGACCGUUACGUCUCUAUCAGCCGGCCCUCCGAAUACAAGCUCCUUGUGACGAGGAAGAGAGCGUGGGCAGCCCUGGGGGUGCUCUGGGCGAUGUGUGUGACCACUGCCUCCCUGCCCAUCCUGGGCUGGAACUGCUGCACGCUCAACUCGACCUGCUCCGAGCUGUUCCCCUUUGUGGAUGACAACUACCUGUCCAGCUGGGUCUGCCUCGUCAUGGUCCUGCUAGGGUGUAUCGUCUACGCCUACACACACGUGCUGUGGAGGGCUCACCAGCACGUGGCGUACAUGGGGAAGCAGCAGGCGCAGGUGGGAAAGCAAAACACCAGGAUGAGAAUGGACGUCAUGCUGGCCAAGACCCUCGUCAUGGUGCUGACCGUCCUUGUGCUGUGCUGGUCGCCGGUCCUCAUUCUCAUGAUCUACAGCAUCUUUGCCAAGCUCACCAAUCACCUGCGCAAGGUGUUUGCCUUCUGCAGCGUUCUCUGCCUGCUCAAUUCCAUGGUGAACCCCAUCAUUUACGCCCUGCGGAGCAAGGAGCUGUUCUCCUCCCUGAGGGCGGUCUUUUUCCGGUUCAAGAGGCGGCUGAGGGGCACGGACGACAGCCCAGAAGCAGACAGUGCCCACAAGUCCUCCAUAGUAGAGACCGUCUGCGAGGAUGAUGUGCGCGUAACGUAGGCAGGCAGCAGUGGAAGUCUGAGCUCAGGCUGGUGGGAGCCUCUGGAUCAUUUUUCGUUUGGAUUGCUUUUAUUUUCUCUUCUUAUGGAGGUCCUGGGAGGUGCCUGGCAUGGACCCAGCUCCCGCUGAUUUUAUUCUGGGACGCUGGGACAUAAAGUGCCCAGACUUGCCCGGACUGCCAGUCCCCGGGCUGCCAAGACACCGGUGCCAUGUUACGGUGAGAGAGCUGCAAGGCAGUGGGUAAUGCGGUACCCCAAAACAGCAAAUCCAGGUGGUUUGUGGCAGCUCAUCCUGCCCGGCCUCCAUUCUGUCCACCAGUAACCUCUUAACCCAUUUGUCUUACAUUCAGUGAUAUCUCCCUUAAAAUAUAACUGUAUUCAAGUGAAACACUCUGCAGACCUCCAGGUUCUCCAGCGGUCCCCAGCCACCACAAACACCUCUGUAAGCGCCCCCGCAGGCACGAGCAGGGUUAUUUAUACGAGCGCCGUCAGCAGAGCGCUCGCAGCACGUGGCUGUGUAGCAGCGGAGCAGCUAUUAAACCGGCCUUGGGUGCCGUGCGGGGGCGCUCCGUGGUAGCAGCAUGGUGACAGGAGGUGACAAAAGGUGACAGAAGGCCUUCGUGUCCCGGCAAAGGCGGGAGGGAACAGCGGGAGCGGUGCCGGGGCCGCCUCGCCAAAAACCCUGGGGAUUAUGGACUGUGUCGUCGAAAAUCGUGAGACCGAUGGGAUGCUGCAGGCGCCACGUUUCUUUCAGCAAGCUUACGGAAACCCAACCUGUGCCACGCAGACAGUGUUGGCUGUUGUGUGAUUAAACAUUAAAACCG